AGCAAUAGGAAAUAUCCAGCGGUUGUGAAACACUAUUUCGCCAUUGCCUCCUUUACAAUGAGAGGCGACUAUAGUUAAGUACUAAUAAUGGAUGUGUUAAUUGCCAGCGCUCAAUGUGGUUAAGUUCCACUGUGACUUUAACUGAUCAAAUUAUUUACAACGAUCACCGCAAGAUUGUAUUUUCUGACGUCGGCACCGUGGCGUCCAUGUCUCAUCAAAAGGUUCACUUGUUAAACACGAGUUGACAACAAGUUAAAAAAAACUGCGGAUGCUGGAGAGCUGAAACACAAACACAAAUUGCUGGAGAAACUCAGCAGGCCUGUCAGUAUCAAUGAGAAGUAAUCGUUUCGAGACGGUGACUCUUCAUAGUUGAUGACCGACCCAGCCAUUAUACAUUGCGUUACUACCUUAUUUCGAUAGUACCAUAAUCACGGUGAAUGAAACAGGCUGCCGAAACAUUUGCAAUUAAAAUCGUUGAAGAUGUUGACAAGUGAGAUUUAACAUGAGGCAAAUAGGAAUGUACGCAAUUGUCAAGAUUUGGAGGAGCCGGUGUUGGACUCGGGUGGGCAAAGUUUAAAAAAAAAUCACAACACCGUGUUGCGACUUGCAUUUUAAAAAAAAAAAUCCGUUUAGAGCAAUCUAAUGGCAUUAUUUUCUCUUCUAUUGCAUUAUCUCAGACGAAACAAUAACGAGUAUUAAACAGUUAUGGUUUAUAAUCUUCACAUGCCGUCUUGCUUAUAAGUACUGUCGGUGUAGUUUCCAAUUUCACACAGAAUUUAAAGUUUGUUAUUUCACACAGUGACUUACUUCAAUAUCCACAUUAAAACAACAAAACUUGCCGUGCCUUACUAGUUUCAUAAACAAAAAGACUGCAAGAUCACUCGGUUCAGUCAUAGGUGCAGCCAUAGUGCUAGAGUCACUUAAACUACUACGUGAAUAUUUAAAACCCGAACUUUCAGAAGUGUCCGAAUGCUCUCGUUUACUGCCUUUGGAUAGAUGAAGCUUCCAAGACAAUGAAAUUUCGGUCUUGCACUCUGCUUCCCCAGUUCCGUACUCUCCUGAAAGUUCCCACCCAGCUCUUCCUUCCCAAAGUUUCAAAAUGCCAUCCAUUGUUGCAGCGCCGAAAAUUUCAAUCUCUAGCUCCGAACACUUCCAGUUCCCGAGCCAUGCCCUCACUACACCUCUCAAACUUUACGCGUUCCACUCCCGAAGACCGCCCACUUGAAGUUCGGUGCCUCAUCUCCCUUUCUUGAGCCCUAUUUCCCUGAAGUUGCAGCUUCCUGACUCUCACCUUCCCAGUAAAACUCCAAAGCUCAGCUCCCUCUAGGCUUUGAUACUUAAAGACAUGGCUCAUUCACAUUCCCUUCUACAACUCCCGGCUCUUCAAUCUGUUGACUGUGACUGUAGUCAGUGCCUUCCUGAUCCGUUCCCCUUCCCUCCCCAAGCAUCCAGCACCUUGCCCGAAACCUCUGAGCUCCCUGGGGUGAAGAAAACAGCGGCCUGACCAAUAAAACCCGGAAUGCCGCCGUCUCACUCGCUAAACAGGACAGAACCUCCCCUGGGAGCCGCUGUGCACAUUCUCCUCACUCCUACCCCUCCCGCCCCCAAAGGCUGCCAAUUAUUCAAAUUACCCCACAGACACCAGCCAAUCAUCACCCUCUCUAUCACAAGGGCUGGGCUAGAAUCGGAUCAUGAUUGGUUCGGAUCAUGAUUGGUUCGGAUUUGUAGAUCGCAGGGUCCCGAGCCGGUUUCAAGGCGCCUCUUGCCGUGAUUGCGCAGAACCAGGCGGCUGGGGGCUCCUAGAAACAGGCGGCAGGGAGCUGAUGGAGUGACACAAAUGGACAGUGGAGUCGGCGCUGGGUUGCUGCUCGGCUCGGGGCUGUUUUUAUUUUGGCAUCCGAAUCGUUUCCAGUGUAAAAUCACAUCCUCCCCCCAAACGAUCAUUUCCUGCCUCGAAGUAGUUUGAAGAGAGGGAAAGAGCGAGGGAAAAGUAUGGCUGUGAGUAAUUGUUUCCAUCUGGAUCCGUGCAAACUUGCGAGCGCUCGGUGGCUGUUUGUGCUUCAUCUGUUCCUCCUUGGACCAGGACCUGUGCGGCCACAGGGACAGUACAAUAGCGAGAGGGGCAUCUCCAUCCCGGACCAUGGCUUUUGCCAGCCCAUCUCGAUCCCCCUGUGCACCGACAUCGCCUACAACCAGACCAUCAUGCCGAACCUGUUGGGGCACACGAAUCAGGAAGACGCGGGCCUGGAGGUGCACCAAUUUUACCCGCUGGUGAAAGUGCAGUGCUCGCCCGAGCUGAAGUUUUUCCUGUGCUCCAUGUACGCGCCGGUGUGCACGGUGCUGGAGCAGGCGAUCCCCCCGUGCCGGUCGCUGUGUGAGCGGGCCAGGCAGGGCUGCGAGGCGCUCAUGAACAAAUUCGGCUUCCAGUGGCCCGAGAGCCUGCGCUGCGAGAACUUCCCCGUGCACGGAUCUAUCGACUUGUGCGUGGGGCAGAACAACACCGAGCGGGGCAGCCCGACCCUGGACCCCACCGAGUCGCUACCGAACGCCGGCACCAUCUACCCCCGGGGCUACCCGGGCCGGCAGCAGUUCGUCUGCCCGCGGGUGCUCAAAGUGCCCAGCUACCUGAACUACCACUUCCUGGGCGAGAAGGAUUGCGGGGCGCCGUGCGAGCCGUCCCGCACCAACGGCCUGAUGUACUUCAGCGAGGAGGAGCUGAAGUUCUCGCGGAUCUGGAUCGGGAUCUGGUCGGUGCUGUGCUGCGCCUCCACCCUGUUCACGGUGCUCACCUACCUGGUGGACAUGCAGCGGUUCAGCUACCCGGAGCGGCCCAUCAUCUUCCUGUCGGGCUGCUACACCAUGGUGGCGAUCGCGUACAUCGCGGGCUUCCUGCUGGAGGAGAGGGUGGUCUGCAACGACCGGUUCGCCGAGGACGGCUACAGGACGGUGGCGCAGGGCACCAAGAAGGAAGGCUGCACCAUCCUCUUCAUGAUGCUCUACUUCUUCAGCAUGGCCAGCUCGAUCUGGUGGGUGAUCCUGUCGCUCACCUGGUUCCUGGCGGCGGGAAUGAAGUGGGGCCAUGAGGCGAUCGAGGCCAACUCGCAGUACUUCCACUUGGCGGCCUGGGCGGUGCCGGCCAUCAAGACCAUCACCAUCCUGGCGGUGGGCCAGGUGGACGGCGACGUGCUCAGCGGGGUCUGCUUCGUGGGCCUCAACAACGUGGACGCGCUGCGCGGCUUCGUGCUGGCGCCGCUGUUCGUCUACCUGUUCAUCGGCACCUCCUUCCUGCUGGCCGGCUUCGUGUCUCUGUUCCGCAUCCGCACCAUCAUGAAGCACGACGGCACCAAGACCGAGAAGCUGGAGAAGCUGAUGGUGCGCAUCGGCAUCUUCAGCGUGCUCUACACCGUGCCCGCCACCAUCGUCAUCGCCUGCUACUUCUACGAGCAGGCUUUCCGCCAGCAGUGGGAGAAGAGUUGGGUCAACCAAGCCUGCAAAAGUUACGCCAUCCCGUGCCCCCACAACGAGCAGCCCCACAUGAGGCCGGACUUCACCGUCUACAUGAUCAAAUACCUCAUGACACUUAUCGUGGGCAUCACCUCAGGCUUUUGGAUCUGGUCUGGCAAGACUUUGCACUCGUGGCGCAAGUUCUACACUAGACUCACAAACAGUAAGCACGGCGAGACGACAGUGUGAAAGCAAAAUGACAUUUU